AUGGGCCCUCGCAGGCCUCCUGCCCGAGAUCCGCUGGGCCCUGCUGGCCCAUGGAAGUCUUGCUUCCCCGGCCCAGAACAACGCCACGUGCAGAUGGAGUACAUAUCCCCUGAGAGAAAUCUGGAGGGGACUUGUGGAGAUCCUGGGCCAUUAUUUGGAGACCAAGGUGGCAGCCUGUUGGACCACUUGGGUUAUCAAGGAGGAGGAAUUCCACAACAUGAGUCUCCAACACUGGAUCAUGGACUUUUGGUUGAUCCAGCUGAUGCAAUUCCGUAUUUAUCUACAGAUUCUCCGCCCUUCAUGAAUGAUCAAAUCACUUGCAAUGUUAUGAAAUCUGCUUCAGCUAGUCCAGAAUCUUCGAUGAAACAACCUCAAGAACCUCUUAAUAUAGAAUCUGAUGUACAGAAUGAUGCAGCUGAACAAAAUGUUCACAAUAGUAACUCUGAAGAACAGAUCACUUCUCUGGGCUGUGAUGAACAUCACAACACAGAACUGAUUGGUGCAGUUUUGCCUCCAAAGCUUCUUGAAAGCAGUGGUAAUGAUAUAUCAAACUUUCAACCAGAAGCUACAUAUUCUGAUUCCUACCAUGGUGACUCUUUGUUAACUGAAAAUAGUAGUAAGGGUUACCAGCUUAACAAUAGUGGUGCUCCUGCUGAUGAUAUUCCAAACUCUCCUGCGCUUCAGAUGGAAAAUGAGGAGAUGGAAAAGUUACAUGAGACUUCUCACAAUGAAAACAGUGGGUCAGAGGAUGAUCAAAUGAAUGGUAGGAAACCUUGCCCCAUUAAUGGUCGAGACAAUGAGAAGUUUAACACUUCAGCUGUACCUCCCUCUUGGGAACAGACAGAGCUGAAAAAUCCUGGUACUAGAAAUGGAAGUUCAACUCCAGACAAUCAAUUUGAUUCUCCUCCGGACAGGUUUGCAAGACUGGAAAGGGACACACCAUCUCCAGAUGGGAGAGUAUCCCCUGAAAGGUUUGCAAGACUGGAAAGGGAUACCCCAUCUCCAGACGGGAGGAUAUCUCCUCCAGUUGAAAGUUCACAUUCCCAUCAUUCUGAGAAGAUGGAGUCACAAUAUCGUGCCAAAGAUGUUGGUGAGAUAGCUCAUUCUGAAAGCCCACCGGUAAGACAUCGGUCCCGAUCUUCUGAAAAACAUGACCCCAGCCGCAAAAGAGCCUCUUCAAGGGAGUUGUCUCCACAUGCGCGACAUAGUUCUCCUGUAGAAAGGAAAAGACGGAGAGAGUCUCGACAUGGUGAUGGGUCGCCUCGACAAAGAUCUGCAUCUCCCCGAAGAAGAUCUACACCCCCUCGAAGAAGAUCUAUAUCCCCUCGAAGAUCCUCACACAAGAGGAGGGAAUCACCAAGAAGGGGAGACUCACCUAGGAGGAGGCACUCACCUAGGAGGAGGGAGUCACCAAGGAAGAGAGAUUCACCAAGGAGGAGAGACUCACCAAGGAGGAGAGACUCACCAAGGAGGAGAGAUUCACCAAAGAGGAGGGACUCCCCAAGGAGGAGGGAUAGGUCAAAAUCAAGGUCACCUUCAAGAAAACAUGAUACCUCUAGACAUAGAAAAGAACACGAUAGAUCUCGGUCCAGGUCUCCCCACUCAAGGGAUCAUCACAGGCGAUCUCCAAGAAGGCAUUCACCAAGGCGCAGAUCACCCCCAACCAGUCAUCGCCAUCGUUCACCAAGAAGACAUUGGUCACCACCUGCCAACAGGAAGACUGGAUUGGGUAAGCCUGGAAAGAAUCUCUUUAUUGCAGGAUUUAGCUAUGCCACCACUGAGCGAGAUUUGGAGAAGAAAUUUGGCAAGUUUGGACGUGUAACAAGUGCACGUGUUGUUCGCGAUAAACGAACUGGAGAUUCCCGUGGCUUUGGAUUCUUAUCCUUGGAGAAGGAUGAGGAUGCCGAUGCAGCAAUCCGUGCUUGUGAUGAGACUGAGUGGAAUGGAAGAAUAAUUCUUGUGGAGAAGUCAAAGGCACCUGCAUGGUGA